CUCAAAUCAAAUUCAAGUCAUAUUCUAACAAUCUCCACCUUGACUUGAAUUCUCUGUCAAAUACCAAAUUUACCAGAAGCAACCAAAGUUGCCAGAUGUACCAAACGCAACCAAAGUUGUCAGAUGUACCCAGACGCGAUCCAUAUCGCCAAAUUUACUCAGAUGCGAUCCAAGUCGCCAGAUAUCCAGAUGCAAUCCAAGUUUUACUGAUAUCGCCAAAUUUACUCGCAGCAUGUACUUCAGGCUGUGUUUCCAGGGAGGAGCAUGGUGGGAGCUAACCGGGAGGGGUCAUUGGCAAAUGCUAUAUCUCUCUUUUGAAUUAAAAGCACUGCCUCUGACGGUGGCAAGCUCCUAUGGGUGAUGGUGGUGGUUGAGAUAUGGAGAGAAAGAUGCAUAAGGGUUAUGUCUGGUGAGGAGUUAACAGUAAGCCAAUUGCUUGGGAAGCUGCAAGGGUUAUUGCAAUCGCUUAGAAGUGGCUUUCCCCCCAGCAGAACUUGCUAUUACAGAGGAUUAUGUCAAUAGUUUAGUGGAUUGUUUUUGUUCUUGGUUUUGCUGUUGUAAAUUUGCUUUCUUGCUGCUGUAAUGUGUCUGAUACUUGGGUUCCAGUUAGGGGGAAUUUCACAAAAUCCCCCCUUUCUUGAUGAAUAAAACAUCUUAUUCAUAAAAAAAAAAAAGAGGAAGCGUCAAUCGGAAAGCACCCGAGAAGCGUGGGUUUCAUCGGGUCUUGAUCGGAGGGGGAAAAAGGAAAGAUUUAGUAGAGCGGCGGAAUCGACGAAACAGAAAUGGAAAGAUAAAGCGCUCUAUGGAAAUCGAGAGAUAGGUUAGAUAGACCUGCUAGAGCUAGCUAGCUACCCGAGGGAAGAAGAUAACCUAAAAUUAUGCAAUCUUCUGUAUUGACCGAGUGGAACAAUAGUACUACCAAGCGUGGAACAAUAGGAGAGGCUGGUGAGAAAUGCAAAAAAAAAACAAUGGUGCACUAUAGCAUACCUCUUAUGCUACAGUAACCUAAUUGUAACUUUAAUAGAUAUUAAGAUUUUACAGCAGAUGGUGAACUUCAUCAAAUCUGAAAUUUAUUACAGCAGCAACGUAAAGGAGGAUAAGAGAAGAGACCUGUGUGCAGAUAUGGGAAUUAGAGGUGGAUAAGCUUGUCAAGUAUCUUGGUCUUCCUACGAUGAUAGGGAGGUCUAAGAAGGUUGUUUUCCAGCAUCUACAGGAAAGGGUUAGAAGCAAACUUACAAACUGGAAGAGUAGAUACUUCAGUGAUGCAGGGAAAGAGAUUCUGAUAAAGAGCACUGCCCAAGCCCAAGCUACUUAUGCAAUGUCUGUCUUUAGAAUUCCUGAGGGGAUAAUUGAUGAUCUCCAUAAACUGAUGGCAAAUUACUGGUGGGGGCAGAAAAGAUCCGAAAGAAGAAUACACUGGAAGAUAUGGGAGAAGCUAUGUAAAAGGAAGGAAGAGGGAGGAAUGGGAUUCAGGGAUCUAAGAAUUUUCAACAAAGCGAUGUUGGCAAAGCAGCUGUGGAAUCUUCACACCAGACCUGAUUCACUUGUUGCGAGACUCAUAAAAGCAAAAUACCAUCCAAGAACGACAAUUCUGGAAGCUAAAGUGGGUUGGCGUCCUAGCUAUAUCUGGAGAAGUUUGAUGUGGGCUCAAGAUCUUCUAAAAGCCGGGUGCAGAUGGAGAAUAGGUUCAGGGGAGGAAGUCAGAAUUUGGGGAGACAGAUGGGUUCCAAAUCUGGAAAAUUAUGAAGUUUUCUCAUACUGCCCUUUCUUGGAAUGGGAUGCUAGGGUGUCCAGCCUAAUUGAUCAAGAUUCAAGAACGUGGAGACAGGACCUGUUGGAAAUCAUCUUUACUCCUGAAGAAAGACAAGCUAUUUUGGCAAUCCCACUUUCCUCUAAUAGAGAUAAGGAUGUGUUGUGCUGGAUGGAUACAAAAAAUGGUAAAUAUACUGUCAAGUCUGGGUAUUUCUUUGAGCAAAAAAGAGAAGAGGAGGAGGCUGGUAACGAUAUUAGUAACAGAGUGGAAUUCUGCUGGAAAAAGUUGUGGAAGGUGAGAAUGCCAGGGAAACUAAAAACUUUCAUAUGGAAAGCUGCCCAUGAUAUCUUACCUGUAGGUGCCAAGAUAAGCAGGAAAGUCCGGAACUUGGGAGAUGAAUGUCUGAAUUGUGGCCUCAAGGAAACGUUGAAACACUGCUUGGUUGAUUGUAGCUGGAACAGCAGGAUUUGGAGCAAAACACCACUCGCUGAGAUGUUUUACAAAGCUGAGGGCCUCACUUGCAAACAGUGGCUUGCCCAAAUUAUAAAUUCCUACCCGGACAAGGAGGUGGCUCAGCUGUGUUCUCUGUUAUGGUUUUUCUGGAAGGACAGAAACAAUUUCCUUUUCAAUAAGAAAUUCUUGGAUGAGUGGCAGGUUUUUCCGCGAGCAGAUGAAUUUAUCCACUGUUUUCUGGAAGUGCAGGGCAAAAACAAGCCAUCUCCUAGAACAAGACUGAGGAGUGCUUGCAAGUGGAAGAAACCACCAAUUGGAGUUUUCAAACUCAACACUGAUGCAGGGAUCAGCAACGAAAGAAAGGUGGGAUUGGGAUGUAUUCUCAGGGAUUGGGAGGGCAAGGAAGUCUUCGCUGCCAGCAGAAGGCUCAAUGUUAAUUGGUCUCCGGAUAUUGCAGAAGGAAUGGCUAUUCUUUAUGGGAUCAGACUUGUGAAGGAGAAAGGAAUUGGCCCGAUUGUGGUUGAAUCAGACUGUAAGAGGGUAAUCGAGAAGCUGAAACAGGAGGAAAUUUGCAGAACUGAACUUGGGACUAUAUGCUCGGAUAUUUUGAAGGAGGCGGAGGAGUUGGAUAUUAGGGAGUGGAGUUUUGCUUUUAGAGAGGCGUAUAAUGCUGCUCAUAUGUUAGCUCAUCUUGUUUCUGAGUUCGAGGAAAAUCGGUUUGAAUGUAAUGGACUACCACUGAUGGUAGCGGAUGUUGUAGCCUUGGAGGCAUCUGAUUCUUGAUUUCAAUGAAUCCUCUUUAAUGAUUUCCUAAAAAAAAAGAUUUUACAACCACAAUAAAAAUGAUUAUUGACUACGUUGGAGUUGUGCUCGUACAAUUGCGAAAAUAAUUGCUAUAACUAUGAUAUGAUUGCAUCGGGGUUAGUCUUACAACUGCAAAAAGUACCUAUAAUUGAAUCAAUGACUACAACUGUAAAAUCAAUUACUACAGCUUAU